AUGGCGGACAACAGGGAGAAAGCGCUUCAGGACUACCGUAAAAAAUUACUGGAACAUAAAGAAGUUGACGGGCGGCUAAAAGAACUGAGAGAACAACUGCGAGAACAAACGAAACAGUAUGAAAAGUCAGAGAACGAUCUCAAAGCUCUUCAGAGUGUCGGUCAGAUUGUUGGAGAAGUCCUCAAACAGCUGACGGAAGAAAAAUUCAUUGUCAAGGCCACAAAUGGUCCUCGUUAUGUGGUUGGAUGCCGCAGACAGUUGGACAAGUCACAACUGAAGCCAGGUACUAGAGUGGCUUUGGAUAUGACUACGCUGACUAUUAUGAGGUAUCUUCCGCGAGAGGUGGACCCUCUGGUCUACAACAUGUCACAUGAGGACCCCGGGAGCGUCUCCUACUCUGAAAUUGGUGGAUUGUCAGAACAGAUCCGUGAGCUCAGAGAGGUGAUUGAGCUACCCCUGACAAACCCUGAGCUUUUCCAGAGAGUUGGAAUAAUCCCUCCAAAAGGUUGCCUUCUCUAUGGACCUCCAGGUACUGGGAAGACUCUUCUAGCAAGGGCAGUUGCAAGUCAGCUGGACUGUAACUUCCUCAAGGUUGUGUCCAGCUCCAUUGUUGACAAAUACAUUGGUGAAAGCGCCAGGCUCAUCAGAGAGAUGUUCAACUAUGCGAGGGAUCAUCAGCCUUGCAUCAUCUUCAUGGAUGAGAUCGAUGCCAUCGGUGGUCGGCGUUUCUCUGAGGGAACCUCUGCUGACAGAGAAAUUCAGAGGACAUUGAUGGAGCUACUCAACCAGAUGGAUGGCUUCGACACACUACACCGGGUCAAGAUGAUCAUGGCAACCAAUAGACCUGACACUCUCGACCCCGCCCUGCUGCGACCAGGCCGACUUGACCGCAAAAUCCACAUCGAGCUGCCCAAUGAACAGGCUCGUCUGGACAUCCUCAAAAUUCACUCCAGUCCCAUCACCAAGCAUGGAGAAAUAGAUUUUGAAGCUAUUGUGAAGCUGUCGGACGGUUUCAACGGAGCCGAUUUAAGGAACGUUUGCACGGAAGCAGGUUUAUUCGCCAUUCGCUCUGACCGAGAAUACGUCACCCAGGAGGACUUCAUGAAAGCCGUGCGAAAGGUGGCCGAUUCAAAGAAACUGGAGUCCAAGCUCGACUACAAGCCUGUAUAG